UUAUAAAAACAUCAAACUCAAUAAAAUCACAAUUACUUUCACAGUUUACUCUCGUUAAAAUGCACACAUUACUUAUCAUACUUAUUAUUUUUACGACAUCUUGCAACAGCAUCUAUAUUUCAGCCCACGAUUAUAAUGCCUCAUUAUUAACAAAUGAACUUGAACAAUGGACAAAGACCAAUCAAACAAGUCAGACAUUAUCAAAUCUAGUUGAUUAUUUUGCACUUUCUGAUGAUCUUCAACAUCAUUAUUGGACCAAAAAAACUGGUCCAAGAGAUAGCGAAAAUUGUUUAGUAUGUAAAUCUGUUCUUAAUACUAUUAUGAGGCUUUAUCGUGAAGGUGUAACAAUUGAAGAGAUUCAAGAAUCAACAGUUAAAAUGUGUGUUCUUUUCAAUAUUUAUAAUGAACCUGUUUGUCGAGGAAUGAUUAAACUACUAACGCCUACAUUCAAGUAUAUUUUUGAUAAUGAUAAGACAGUAAGCUCGGAAGAUAUUUGUGGUCUUACUCUUCAAACUUCAAAUUGCAUACCAAUGCCGGAACGUUUUAAAUGGUCGAUAAAUAUUGAUCAAGGUCCUCUAAAACAUAUUAAAAUAAAUUCAACAAAUGAACAAAUUAAAAUUAUUCAUCUAUCAGACUUACAUUAUGAUCCAAAAUAUGAGCCAUUUGGAGCAGCAAAAUGUGGCAUGCCAACAUGUUGUAGAAAAGGACAAAAAAAUGUUAAUGAUUCAAAUAUUAUCGCUGGUUAUUGGGGUGAUUAUAAUAGAUGUGAUACACCAUGGCAUGCAGCUGUUGAUACUCUUGAUCAUGCCAAAGAAAAUAAUCAGGAUGUUGACAUUGUUUAUUAUACAGGUGAUCUUGUUGAUCACGGUGAAUGGGAAACAACAAUUGAAGGAAAUCGAGAAAUAGUUAUAAAAAGUUUUGAUCAAUUAAAAAAAACUUUUGGUAAUAUUUCAGUUUAUCCAAUUCUUGGUAAUCAUGAAGCAAAUCCACUAAAUGUUUUUUCAUCGUCAAACAUUAAGGAUGAUAAAGUAUCAACAAACUGGUUGUACAAAUUAGUUGCUGAUCUUUGGAUUGACAAUGGCUGGUUACCAGAAUCAACGCGAUCAACAAUUCUACAAGGUGGAUAUUACACAGUUGUUCAUAGAACUGGUUUUCGUAUUAUUGGUCUUAAUAAUAAUGCUGGCUAUACAAGUAACUGGUGGUUGGUUCAUGAACCCAGGGACAUUGGAGGUCAAUUACAGUGGUUGGAAAAUACACUUGUUGAGGCUGAAAAAAAUAAUGAGUUUGUUCAUAUACUUGCUCACUUACCAGCUGGUGCAACAGAGUGUCAAUUUACAUGGAGUAGACAAUACAAUAGAAUUAUAAAUCGUUUUGCUCAUAUUAUUGCAGGACAAUUUAAUGGGCAUACACAUAAUGAUGAAUUUAAUGUUUUUUAUGAUAUUAAUGAUCCUUCAAAACCUAUCAAUGUCGCAUGGAAUGGUGGAAGUAUAACAGCAUGGGCAAAACUUAAUCCAAAUUACAAAGUUUAUAAAGCUAAUGCCAAUAAUUAUAAUAUUGAAGAAAAUGAAGCAUGGACGUAUAAUUUAACAGAAGCAAAUGCAACACCUGAACAACGUCCACGUUGGUUCAGGUCAUAUUCGUUCAAGGAUGAGUACAAACUAUCUGAUCUUUCAUUAAUGAGUUUGGAUUCAUUACUCAAGAGAUGGUGCCGGGAUAAACCAGAUGAUUUAAAAAAAUACAGCAAAUAUUUUUAUAAAGAAGCACCGGAUAACGGCCAGUGCAGUGGCAAGUGUUUGGAUAAUCUCGUUUGUCGGAUAGCAACAACUAGUACUGGUGAUAAAACACCUUGUAAACAUCUUAAAUGUCAAAUAUAAUAAUUAUAAAAAUUUAAUUCAACUAUUAAUAUGAAAAUUUAAUUUUCAAGCACAUAAUUUUGCUAACUUUAUAUCACUUUUAUUUCUAGCCUUUUUUCACUUUACUUUUUUUUUUUUUUUACGGAGGUGGGAUAGGCGCGAAGCGCCCCACCUAGUAUUGCUUUUUUUUAUUUUCAUUUAACACAAAAUAAGAAAUUUUAAUUAACUCAAUAAAACAAUUUAUAGAAUGAUAUUAAUUUUUUUUUAAAUAAAUUUUUUCUAUUUGUAUAAGUUUAACUAAACUCGACUAUGCAAAAAUACAUACUGUUGUGCGAGCAAAUAUUAUUUUUUUGUUUUCAAUAUAAAAUAUACAUAUUACAUUUCUAAAAAAAGUGAAAAAAAAAUUAUCAAGAGAAUAACAAAUGACAGAAAAUAUUAAAUGUCUUAUUUUAUUUUGUCCCUGAAAGAAAUUUUUUUCUACGAAGAAUGCUUUUUCGAAAAAAAAAAAAAAAAAGUUCAAAGUACAAAGUUUUUAGUAGCUUAUGUUUGCGAUAUUUAUUUUCAGAAUAAAAAUAUAAUUUUAUUGAAAAAUAAAAAAAAAAAAACUCACAAACAAUACUAUUGAUUUAAAUAUUUUUGAUGAAUAUUUUAUCUAAAGAAAAAAUAAAAUGCGAAUGGGAAAAAAAAACAUAUGUCUCGAAAUAAAAAAUAUUUGACAAAGAAAAUAAAAUAAAAAACGCUUUUCAAUACAUAAAAAAAAAAAAGUAUAUUUCCUUAUAAAGAGAAUAAAAUAUGUCAUUAAAUAUUCUGUUAGUUUUUUAUAGAAAAAAUUUCCCUAUUUUCUUUUGUCAUUUGUAAAAGUAAAAAUAAAAAAAAAAA